GGAACAAAAUCAUUUCCGUCAAAUUUGAUUGCCUCCAAAAUUCCCAUAGUCCCCCUUCUUCCUUUUAAGACAUCCGUCUCCAUCUCCAUCCCUCUCUCUCUCUCUCUCUCUCUCUCUAACCCCGUGAUCCUCCGGCCCGGCCGCCUCCACCGACCCCGCCUCCGCCGCCGGCUGAUCAAUCCUUCCCUUCCCUCCUCGACCUUUGUGCUCCUCCGUACGUCCCGCCGUGGUAUUUAUCUCAAUGGCGGCUCUCCUAUCCGUCUCCCCCUUCGGCUUCUUCAGUUUAUAGUGGUGAAGUGAGGGGCCGGGGCUUCUUUUUUAAUGGAAGAGCCAGGACAGAUAAAGCGAGCGCUCAUCGAAGCCACGGCCGGGGCAAUUGCUGGCGGCAUUUCUCGGACAGUGACUUCGCCUCUUGAUGUUAUCAAGAUUAGAUUUCAGGUUCAACUGGAGCCCACGACGUCAUGGGCUUUGGUUCAGAAUAAUUUAUAUGCAAGAUCAAAAUAUACUGGAAUGCUUCAGGCAACGAAGAAUAUAUUUAGGGAAGAAGGUUUGCCGGGUUUCUGGCGAGGCAACGUCCCAGCUUUGCUUAUGGUUGUGCCAUAUACAUCUAUACAGUUUACAGUCUUACACAAAAUUAAAACUGUCGCAGCUGGUUCUUCCAAAACAGAGGACCAUAUGCAAUUGAGUCCCUAUUUGUCAUAUAUAAGUGGGGCAUUAGCAGGGUGUGCAGCUACUGUUGGAUCAUAUCCGUUUGAUCUACUACGGACGAUAUUAGCUUCUCAAGGUGAACCUAAGGUCUACCCCACAAUGAGGUCUGCUUUUGUCGAUAUAGUCAGAACACGAGGUUUUCGAGGAUUAUAUGCAGGAUUAUCCCCAACGCUUGUUGAGAUUGUUCCUUAUGCAGGCCUGCAGUUUGGUACAUAUGAUACUUUUAAGCGCUGGACAAUGACAUGGAACCACUAUAGAUCUUCAAAGAUGGGCCAAUCCACAGAUGACGGGCUUUCGAGCUUUCAGCUUUUUAUUUGCGGGUUAGCAGCUGGUACUUGCGCCAAACUUGUCUGUCAUCCUCUAGAUGUUGUGAAGAAAAGAUUCCAGAUCGAGGGUUUAGAGAGGCACCCUAAGUAUGGUGCCCGGGUCGAGAGGAGCGCGUACAAGAACAUGUUUGAUGCCAUAUGCAGAAUACUGCAGGCGGAGGGCUGGCACGGGCUUUACAAGGGCAUAGUCCCGUCGACCGUGAAGGCAGCACCUGCUGGUGCGGUAACAUUUGUGACCUAUGAGUUCGCUUCGGAUUGGUUAGAGUCUAUUCUAACAUGAUUCGAACCCUCACAUUUUUCUCCUUCCUUUCUCCUUUCACAUCUACUAAUUCUAUUUGUUGGUUUUAUUUACAAAAUGUAACUGAUAGAAAUCAAUUUUAGGCUUGAUUAGAUUAUUUGAUUUCACUCGAGCUGUAUAAGAAAAGGGAAGAUCCCUAGCAUAUACUUUUUUUACAAUUGUCUUAAUAUCCUUAGAACGGUCGAUUUAUGUUUCA